AUGGUAUGGAUAUCAGUGCCGAAACUUAAGCUGACACAAGUGCUCCAGACUAUACGACAUACCAUUCCGCUGGUGGACAGUAUACCUGUCAUUAUCAAUAGUAAUAAUAACAACAAUCAUAAUAACAGCACUAAUAAACAAAAUGAAGGCAAUCAAAGCACCUAUAGUUUUGUGGACUCGAUUAAGGAGCAGAUGAGGGGCUGGCCUUUCGAUGUGCUCCAGGAGUUGGCCCGUGCUUUGCCCAUAAGAAACAACUUGCAAACCGUUUGCUACCAAGACUUGGGCUGCUAUUCAAGCAAUGAUUAUCUCCAUGUGUUGGACAGACCCAUAUCGAUGAUGCCGAUGAGCCCCCUGGCCAUUGAUAUCCAAUUCAAUUUGUUCACGUGUGAGAACAAGUACCGGCCCCUCCUGUUCGGCUAUAAGCCCGACGACGACUCCAUCAUUAAGUCGCCGUUUGAUCCGCGAAAGAAAACCAAAUUCAUUAUACAUGGCUUUCGCGACUAUUAUGACGACAUGUAUUGGAUGGGUGUAUGUAUCACGCAGUCAAUACUACCUCUCUAUUACAUUCUGAAGCGUUCGUGUAACUACAAUGUAUUCUGUGUGGACUGGUCAAAGGGCGCGAAGGUUACCAACUAUUUGCUGGCAGUGGCCAACACCCGGAUCGUGGGAGCAAUGGUCGCCCACUUCAUCGAAAGGCUAAAUAACGUGACAAAUGCCAGCCCUAAAGACAUGGAGAUGAUUGGGCACAGUCUGGGCGCGCAUAUAGCCGGUUACGCCGGGGCCCGCUUUGAUUACCCAAAAGUGGCCAAAAUCCUGGGCUUAGACCCGGCGGGACCGGCAUUUCAGACCGAUGAGGCCGACCUCAGGCUUGAUCGCAGCGAUGCGGAUCUGGUAGUUAUAUUGCAUACGGACGCGGGCACUGUUAUGUCAGAAGGGUUUGGAAUUGAGGCCUCUUUAGGACACUUUGACUUCUAUCCCAACUCUGGUCUCAAACAAAUUGGUUGUGAACUGACUCGAGGGGUGUCCAACUUUCUGCUCAAAGGGGCUGAAGGAAUUGUGGAUACCGUGAACUGCAACCAUAGGAGGGCCACAAUACUGCCCAUAUCGGAGCCCUCCCUAUUCAACACCUGUCAACUCAUAGCAUACGAGUGCGAGAGUUACGAGAAGUUCGCGGAAGGGGAGUGCGCCGACUGCGGCCCCAAUGAGGAGAAGUGUAAGCCAUUGAAUUUGGACACCAAUUACUGGGAUUAUGCCGACCAUAUCGGCCCCGAAGAGCGCAUUGAGGACCAGACCUCCAAACAGUUGUUCCUACAAACCAGCGAAAUAUUUAAGCCGAAACAGAGGUAUACCUAUCUAUUGACGUAUCCAAAGGACUUGGGUUUAGUGUUGUCGGCAGAGCUGUUCUGGUCCUUCAGUGGCAUCGAUCAGUUGAACCCAAUGUUUAUGAUUAGGAAACCGGGGAUUAAGAUCAGAAGAAUUGAUGUCAAUUUUAUGAGUAAUUCAAAUCCCAGGUUUGUGUAG